UCCUCGGAUCUGUAUUAAAUUAAAAAAUGAACUAUAAGAAAGUUUUGUUAACCUAUUUUGUGCUGCUGCUUGGAUUCGCCGGACUGGAGUGCAUCUACCAGCUGGAUGAAUGGGACACCAGUCCGUUCCUCUCCCAGCUGAGCAUGGAGGGAGGGGAGGGCACCGGCGAGGCGGCAUGCGGCGAGCCAAAGUCGAAGCAGUGUGGCAGCUUUGACAAAGGCAAUCCCAAGUCCAAGGCCACCAACAUCGCCCAGAAGGCCGCUCAGGAAGCAAAGGCGGCCAGCGACUCCCAAAUGGCGGCAGCCGAGGCAGCGGCCACCCAAGUCAAAACAGAACUUGCCGAGAAGGCGGCACAGUCGGCGCGUGCCGCGGAGGCAGCACUCGCGGGCAAGCAGCAGAUGGUCGAGCAGCUGGCGCAGGAGAUGGCCGAGGCGGAGGCCGUCGUCACUGAAGUCACAGCCUCGCUGCAGAACACGCAAAUCAACACGAACGCCGCAGCGGCAGCAGCCAGCGACUCGCAGACACAGCUACAGCAGAUGAAGCUCCUGCUGCAGGCGGCCACCACGAAUCUGGCCAACAUCGAGGGCGUAUCCCAGGGCGCACAGACGGAGCUGUCGGAGAAGACGCAACUGCUGGAGGCGGCCAAGAACCGGGUGCAGAGUCUCAGCAAGCAGAUGGCCGACGCCAAGGCGGACUUUGAUAAGACCAAGCAGGCGGCCUACAAAGCGGCCUGUGCCGCUGUCGAUGCCAAAAAGAAGGCCCAAAGGAAUCGCCGCUUGGCCGUCUACCGUCAAUGGAUGUUCGGAGAGCCAGGGAAGUACCUGCGAGGAGGGUCCAAGCUGUAGGGCGGGAGGGUUACCGUGUG